UUUUCACACCUUCGUUCUUGCUAGACGUGUCUGAGAAGAUUUAUCUCCUGUGUCAAGAUGGCUGCUAAAGUUACCAUCGCCCUCCUCCUGCUCCUCAACAUCUGCGUGGGCAUCCAAGCCUCUCUCGAAGCCGGAGACGAAGAAGCGUACGUCGAGAACGGCCUUCGAUUCGACGACGACGUAGGGGAAGAAGGAGCCAAGCGCGAGGGGCGUCUCUUCUUCACCGCCGGCUUGGACAACAACACCCAAGUCAACAUCAAUAUCCAGGCGGUGUUGGUGACCAUCGCUUACCUCGUGGGCAUCGGGUUACUCAUUGCUCUUAUCGUCGUGGUGGCCACUGGGGGCGGCUCGGCGUCCUGGGGAAGCUGGUUCGACAAGGUUAUGAAGAGCCAGGGUUAUGUGUACCAGCCUACCUACAACCAGGACUAUUACUAUCCUGACAGUAGCUACGCAGCAUACCGGGCUUUCGAGGAGGUACCACAAAAGUAUGGUAUCUAUGAGGAGGAAGAUCAGUCGCAAGAGUGAAAAAAGGCAGGUUCUUUUGGGAACUGAUUUUGUAAUAAAAGAAUUGAAAAGAAAAAGAAUUUACACUUAAUCUGCAUUUUUGAAUUCGUCAGUGGAGGAACAUAGGUCAUGAUAUUGUGUUUUAGGACUGUCUAUUUUGGAAAAUUAUAUUCAGAGUAGAUUUAAUCUUGGUGUUCAACGUUCAGUAAUGACAGAUCUUGAAUCAUAAUAUCCUAUUUAAAGACUAUGGAAAAAUCUUUCAGGAUUUUUUUUUAUUUUUUAGAAACGCUUUAUAUACAACAUAUAACCCAUGUAACAAUUUAUUAGUAUCAGAACAUAGAUCGCACCACUUCUAACUUAUUUUUCUUUUAUGAGAUACUAUCCCCAUUAUAUCUAGUAACCACAAACAGUAGUGAAAAAAAAAAAUGAAUAAAUCAUGAUAAACUUUCCUUAGCGAUUUUAUACAAAAUUGUAGAGAAAGUUCCCUAUAUAUAUAUAUAUAUAUAUAUAUAUAUAUAUAUAUAUAUUUUUUUUUUUUUUUUUUUUUUUUUUUUUUUUUUUUUUUUUUUUUUUUGUUCUCGUUAGCAAAUAAAGGGAACAUUUUUUUGGGUCAUUUUCCGAUUUUUUCAAAUCCUGCUUUACACAUUUGGUAGUGAAGUAACAUAGCCUUUCUUGCAUGUGUCAAUCUUGAUUCAUACUUGGUAAAUAAUAAGUAAUAAAGUUAACUUAGAUGCUGUAUAUGUAACUACAUCUGCCAGUUACAAAAUCUGUUUAUUUUGUUUUUGUUUUUUGUUGUUCUUGUUGUUGUAAUGGUGUAGAAGUGUUGCUUUAAUUUAUUAUGUAUAUAUCUGUAAAUAAAUUAACCUCAAAUGGA